UGGAGUGAAACAAGGAAGGCAUCGCUCCUUUUCUUGAGCCAAACGUGAGACUGCCUUCUGCGUCGAGCUGAACAAGGAAGGCAGGCGGCUCGAUCAUCCGACUGCAAAUCGUGCUGUCUUCCUUCCCAUCCGACGCCCACCGUCGCCAUCGCAAGUGUUUUGAAUACAAGUUAAUCCAUCAUUGUCUCUUACCUCAAGAUCCUAAAAAGCAAGCCUUGAAUCAUCAGAUAGUAGCUAAUAUCGAAGGAAAAGGGAGGACAUAGUAGCUACUAUCAAAGGAAAAGGGAGGACCGAAAGAGAUGGUGUCGUACAAGUGGGCGUACAUUCGAAUCAUAACAGGGACUAUCCUCGGCGGAGUCCUCGGCUUCUAUGUCAUGCACCGGGUCGAGAAGAGUUACAAGGAAAAGAUGAAGGAGAGGCUAGCCAAAUACGAGAAUGAGUUGAAGAAAAGGGAACAACAGCAGCAAAAGCAGAAAGAUCAGACUGAGCUUCUCUCCGAAUCAUGAUACUUUUGAGCGUGAUUAGUUUUGCUGCUUUACGAGUGAUCAGAUUAUUUCCAAUGAAGCUGUAAAAUCAGGUCAAAUCCUAAUGCUAUAUUUUCUUUAUUAACUAUGUAGAGAGAGAACAUUCACGAUAUGAUUGCGAUGACAUUGUGGUGUUUUGAAGUUAUGUUAGGUGUUUGAAUGUUUUUUUUUUUUCCUAUGCCUAAUAUUGGUGAGUGCUCUAAAUUAUCCUGGGCACUUGCUUUUGAGUGUAACAUCUUCUCUGAAAUAAGAUUACUUCAUUCUUACACCCGCCA